GCGCCCUGUCGCUCUCCCCCAUCACAUCCAUAUCCUGAUAUCCACCCACACAGCGCGACUCAUAGUUCCAGACCAACAACAACAGGAGAGGAGAGCUCACAAGAUAAGAUGGCGCACAUGCGCGUGGUGCACCGGGACGAGGAGGGCCACAAGGUGGCGGAGAAGGUGCCGGUGCCGGAGACGAGGCGCCCGGACACGGCCAGGCACGUGGAGCGCAAGCUGGAGGAGCAGGGGCUGCACCGGCUGGAGCGCCACCCGGCCAACGCGCCCCGGGGCGUCGGCAUCGGCGCGCCCCCGCCCAAGUCCGGCCGCGGCGGCAAGUACACCUGGGAGGGCCCCGAGGGGCUGGUCGACAGCGAGCUCGACCCCGCGCCCGCCGCCAUCGACCGCAACGACCCCAACUACGACGAGGAGGAAGGCGGGGAACAGGACGAGGUGGCCAAGGAGGUGGUCGUCGGGGAGGUGGAGGUCGCCAAGGUGGCCCAGGCCCGGGCCGGCGUCGCCAGGGUCGAGGUCGCGCCGCCGCUCCUCCAGGACCACGACCACCAGCAGUAGGAGCUGGUCGUGUGCGUGCGUGUGUGUCGUGUUGAUCUUCGUUUCCUUGCUCUGUGCUCUGCUUACCAUGAAUGUGUGUGUAACAAUAGAUAAUAAUCAAGCGUGGAAGUGGAUCAGUUAACCUCUGUCA